AUUUUAAGUGCGCUCCCAGCUGAGAUCAUUCAAGAGGAAAAUGCCGUUGAAAGGAGUCCAAUUCAAAUCGCCACUAUUGUGGCUGCAAAGGCUUAGCAACAAAUGCAAUACUACACAAUGUCGAUAUGCGUCCGGGAAUACGACAUACACGUCCACACCGGAUACUCAUACGAGGAGCAAUCGAAUAGCGUCACUUGAGCAUACGGACAGCACGCAACAAGAAAUUUUACAUCACGCAGGUUUAUCAGCAACUUGGUGGGACUUAAAUGGACCGUUACAUGGUUUACACAAGCUUAACGAUUUGAGAGUUCCUUUCGUGCGUGAUGGCUUGAUGACCCACAGUGAUAUUCAGAAGCAUUUAAUCAACACAAACAAUGUGCUGCAAGGUAAAAAUAUUUUGGAAGUUGGCUGUGGUGGCGGCAUUUUGACUGAAGCAUUAGCACGCCUGAAUGCUAAUGUAACCGGCGUUGAUUUGGGCGAAGAUGUUAUAAACACAGCACAAAAGCAUUUGGAUAAAUUUAGUCCAGAGCUAAUAGAGCGCAUAACCUAUAAAAUCGAGCCAAUAGAAGCGCACGCUAGAAGGAACUCAAAUCACUACGAUGCAGUUGUUUGUUCUGAAGUAUUGGAGCAUAUUGAUGACAAAGCGGCAUUCCUUAGAGAUUGUGUGAAAGCGUUAAAGCCGGGGGGCUCAAUAUUUAUAACAACUUUAAACAAAACUGUACCACAGUGGUUUGGUGGCAUUAUUCUUGGUGAAUAUGUUUUUGGUGUUGCACCAAUAAACACACACCACUGGCAUAAAUUAAUAUCGCCAGAAAAUGUGCAACUAUUACUCACAGCACUUAAUUGUCAAACUGUACUGCUGAAGGGCUUCACUUAUGACGUGUUUAAUAAUCGCUUUCGAUGGAUUAAGCCUACUGCGAUGUGCUAUGCUCUACACGCAAUUAAAAACGAAUAAUCGUUUAAAUAUCAGUACUUCCAUAAAAUUUCAUUAAUUAAUUUAACGAAAAUAUAUAUAUUGUAUA